CGCCAUUUUACUUGGGCGGGUCUAUCCUGUCAAUGCUACAGGGAUACCAAAAUGGAAAUCCAGGGGCUUUCUGAUGCCCAAAACAUUCAAUCGCAACAUGGCGCCCCACGCUCAGACCUGUCUUCUGGUUUGGGGCCAGUUAGUGGGUCAAUAUUUCGUUUUCCUUCCCCCCAAAACGAAGCGGAUCUUCAGUUGGAAUCGUCUGAAUGUGGAAACCAGAACAGCAGACCAAGGACAUAUCCGCUUCUCCUACUGGCGGAAAAUGGUAGAGAGGUGGGUUUGUCGCCAGUCAAUAAGCCACAACUCGGCGACAAAACAAAUAUGCUCGAGGAUAUACAGAACGGGGAACUUCGUAACGUGAACACAACAGAGGAAGAGAGGGAGAACCCCGGCUGUACGUCGAACAGUGCCGACCGGAGAACUGGAGCAGAAAACGCGGAUUCGCCAUUGCAAAUGGCGCUGCUUCGACCCGGAGGGGAAGAGGAACCGACGCUUGAGCAGCAGCUAACGUUACCAUUUCCAGCUUUACGGCAUCAGCGUGGGAACGGAGCCUCUCAGCAGCCGUCACUGACCAGCCACAACCUCACUGGCGUGGAUAAAAUCACAUCAAAGGAGAGUAAAAACAACGCCAAAGAGCUGUAUUUAGUUUUCAAUGUAAUUCAGGAUGAUACGAAUUUUGAGGGAAACAAACAUCAGCUGGACUCCUCGUCUAAAAUGUUGGACAAAAUGAAAAGGCGAGGACGUGAGUGCUUGCAAGCUACUUCUUGUGAGACUAUGGACUUCGCAAACGCAAGUAAUGUUCUUCAUUGCUGUUCUAAUGUACAGCAGGAUCGCUCAGAUACAUUAGAUUCGAAGAAAACGGAGACUGUGAAAAAUUUUGAGAACGGUUCUUCAACUAAGGUCGGUACUAAACAAACAGACUAUUACCGUACCGUCGAAGACGUUGUUUUGACGAACAAAUAUGGCGAGAAGAUAUGUGGCCAGAUAUGUACCGAAAACAGCGAAGGAAAGGCGUUACGAGAGCUUUCGUUGCAGGCUCGCAAUGAUGGUUUAAUUUCUACAAAUCUGGAUAUUGUGGAAACUAUCGAGGCCUCACAGUUAAUUCUGGACUCUGCUGCACUGGAUAACAAUGCAAAGUCAAGCAGUCAUCCCCCAGGACAGGAUGCAAAUGCAAGCUUUUCUGGAACCAUAAUGAUAAACAAUCAGACCGUAAUAGUGACCAUAGAAAAUGGAACAUUAACUCUAGCUGCCCAGUCUGACGGAUAUGUUCCCAAACAGGAUGAUUUGGUCACCUUAAAGGAGCAUUUAGGAAUGAAAAGUCAUGAAGACAUUGUUCUUCUCAACUAUGAUAGUGGCACCAAAGCAAUCGGUAAGAUCAGCACAUUGGCAGUCACCAACCUCCAGGAAGAGGCCAGGCCAGGGUCAUCCAUAUGCGACUCUGAAAUAUCUCUACUGGACAACAUAUCUUUGCCCCCCCUGAGUACCUCUGUUCAUUCCUGCCCUAUUGUCAAGCAUGAGGCAGGUGCCCAGCAUGAAAUCACUGAAGCUGAUUUGGUUACCUCGUCGCCUCAACCUUCAAUAACAAACAAAGGCUCUAAAUGUGGACCCCUUUUCCGGCCCAACAAGGUAAUAGCUGUUUCUUUUGCCUGCCCGGAAAUGGGAUGCUCCUAUACAUUUGACACAAGGCAAAAACUGAAGGUUCACCUCCUGAACCAUGCUGAAGAUCCACGCCCCUACCAAUGCACGGUGGAAGGCUGCGGCUGGGCUUUUGCCACAUCCUACAAACUCAAGCGGCACCUUCAGUCCCAUAACAAGCAACGGCCACAUACCUGUCAUUUUGAAGGCUGUGGUCGAUGUUUCACCACUGUUUACAACCUUAAGGCUCAUACCAAAGUCCAUGACCAGGAUGAUGCCUUCGUCUGUGAGGUCUGCAAUGAGAGGUUUCGCAGUGCAACACGACUUGGCAAUCACCAGAGGGUCCACUUUGAGCCACAGAGGCCCCAUAAGUGUGAAUUCCCAGGGUGUGAGAAAACUUUCAUCACCUUCAGUGCUCUUUACUCACACAACCGGACUCACUUCAGAGAAAUGGGCCAUUUUACCUGCACGUACCCAGGAUGUGCCAAGAUGUAUGACAAGGCUUGUCGCCUCAAGAUCCAUUUGCGAAGCCACACCGGUGAGCGGCCAUUUGUUUGUGACUCUGAUGGGUGUGGCUGGUCCUUUACAAGUAUGUCAAAAUUGCUGCGUCACAAACGAAAACAUGAUGACGAUCGGCGCUUCAUCUGCACCGAAGAGGGUUGUGGGAAAUCCUUUACCCGAGCAGAGCACCUCAAAGGUCACAGUAUCACCCACCUCGGCACCAAGCCCUUUCAGUGCCAUGCCGAAGGUUGUAAUGCAAAAUUUUCAGCUCGCAGCAGCCUCUACAUCCACACUAAGAAACAUAAGCAGGACACCAGCACCCUUCGGACUCGGUGUCCUGUGUCCAACUGCUCCAAACACUUUUCCUCCCCGAGCACUCUGAAGAGUCACAUGCUUAAGCAACACCAACUUAGCCCUGAUGUUAUGAACCAAAUGGAGACCACACCCACCCUGACUCCCAGCAGUGAGCUUAUUAGCCCCACUCCAGUAACAGUUUCCGGGUCAAGCAUUGCUGGGAGUGACCAGCUGACUAACUUGGACUUAAGCUCACUUUUCUCAAAUGUGUCUGGAACCACGACAUCUCCUGUUGGUAUUGGUGUUGGGGUUCCUGUUGGUGGGAGCAACUCAAACUCCAGUGGCACUUUCACGAUGGACCUCUCCCUGGUCAGUUCAGGCAUCCUCACUUUUGACCCAACCUCAAGUGGCACAGCUCUUUGCACUUCUAACAGCACCUCAGUGGCCAGGCCUGUGGACCCUCUCAUCCUGGCACCUGGAAUUGAAAUGGGUCCUCAUCACAGUUUGGGUGGCACAGUCGGGGAUGUCCUACCCCCUCAGGGAACCCUCAAUCUCGAUGAUGUGCAGAGCAUCACACCAGAGGCGCUGGGAGCGCUUGCGUCUCUGUCCAUGCAGGGUCACAGUUCCCUAAAUGACCCCACACUUCACCACCCACUUGUCUCCUCCGGUGCUCUUGGCGUAGAACCUGCAGCCUCCUUGGCAGUUGCCCCCGUUUCAGAACUGUUGCCCUCACCCGCAAAGAUGGAAGAAGUGGGUGGCCAGGGAGUGGCUGGGACUCUUAGUUGUGUCGAAGUACCAGGUAGUCAAGAUGGAGGACAGGUUCUAACGCAGUUUGUUUUCCCUGGUCGCAGCAGCAGCUUAAGCUUGCCGAAAGACAUAGAGAUCAAUGCAGUGUCACACAGCAGUUUCUCGAAUAGCGGCUCUGCAAGGACAGACUACAGAGCUAUUCAGUUGGCCAAGAAAAGGAAGCAGAUUUGCCCUAUCGUCUCUGGGAUCUCAGGAGCAACUCCGAGAAAAGCAAAAGGAGCUAAAUCCACUCCAUCUAAUGCUCGCUAUAAUGAAGUAGCUGCAGCAUCCUAUGGGAGCCUAAAUCUGCGGGACUCUAUCACUGGUGCUCAAUUUGUCCAAAUUCAGCUACUUCAGGAUAACUCCAGCAGUGAUAAUGAUCUAGCUUUUCAGCUCAGCUCUCAGCCAUCCCCCUCUCACUCUCAGCUCACUGUUGACCUUCCUGUCAAUAUUUUACAGGAAACCACAGUAAGCACAGAGGAAAAUAGUGGGUCUGAUGACUCUCAGUUCACAGGAAGCACAAUCAACCUUCAAGACCUUGAGUGACCUACCACUUUUCUUUCCAUGUCACUGUACACCAGAAAAAUGCAGCCAAGUUUGACUAAUCAUUUAUAUGCCAUUUAUCUGACUUCAGUUGAAUGUUGAUUUU